CUCUCUCUCUCUCGUCACCCUCUCCCUUAUUCCACAUCCACAUUCAUGUUCACAUCCCACAAGCGAUCCCCUCUUCUUUAGGAGGAGAACCCAUCCACAAAGAAUCGAGAUUGUGAUAUUGCACUCUGCAGCCAAUUAGUCUUGUCAUAUAAAUAUCAAGCCGACUAUAUUUCACACGAUGGAAACAAUCUCUUCCUGCCUCUCCAACCUCUUGCUUUCCUCUCUCUCACGAUAGAAUUAGCACCGCUCCCUUGCACCAGUAUCCGAGUUCAUUCGUCUCUUCGACAUUCUUUUGGCAUCGACGACUCCGAAGACCUCAUUGUUUUCUCCACUAUUGGUGAGUGCUAAUUGCUUGAUGAAGGUUGGGGAAAAGUUGGCGGAGCAGACGGCGUCAGAGGUGUCGGCCAGCAAAUCAGCAUCCGAGAAGAGGCGGCAGUCGUCGAAGAAGAGCGGAAGGAAGCGGAAGAAUCUUGGGCCGAGGCCGUCAGCCGUGCAGAGGCUGUUCGAGACGUGCAAGGAGGUCUUCGCCAAUGGAGGGCCCGGGAUAGUUCCCUCGCCGGAGGAUGUCGAUCGCCUACGCUCCAUUUUGGACAACGUGGAUGCCUCAUACGUUGGUCUUACACCAAAAAUGCCAUAUUUUCGACAUGGUGCAUCCGAAGGGAGGCCGCCGAUUACAUACUUACACAUUUACGAGUGUGAUAAGUUCUCGGUGUGCAGUAUUAUCUCGAUGAUUUGCAUCUUCUGCUUGCCUCCCUCGGGUGUGAUUCCAUUGCACAACCACCCAGGCAUGACGGUAUUCAGCAAGCUUCUUUUUGGAUCUUUACACGUCAAAUCCUAUGACUGGGUUAAUCUACCUCAGGACUCCGCUGAGAUUGUCGAUCCCUUGCACUCAGUUCAACCCCCAGGUUUGCGAUUGGCAAAGGUAAAGACUGAUGGCACCUUCACUGCGCCUUGUAGGACCUCUGUGCUUUUUCCACAGGAUGGAGGUAACCUGCACUGUUUCACUGCGAGAACAUCUUGUGCGGUGCUGGAUGUGCUGGGGCCGCCUUAUUCCAAUCCCGAAGAAGGAAGGGACUGCACCUACUACAACGAUUCCCCAUACGCUAGCUUUUGUGGUGAUGCAGAGUUACUAACCGAUGAUGGGGAGUAUGCUUGGCUUGAAGAGCGAAAGAAACCUGAUGAGUUCAUCGUAGUUGGGGCAAAUUAUAGUGGUCCAAAAAUUAUGGACCAAUGAUUUAGUUUUGAUGAUGUUGCAUUCUUGCUGUCGGAAAGAACGAUGCUAUAAUGUGUAAACACAGAAUCCAAACGCAGAGAGAAAGAGUUGGGAGGUGUGCUCAAAGAAAGAAUUGUCGAUGCUAUAAUGUGUAAACACAGAAUUUCAGUUUGUUUCAAUGAAUUUGAUGUUGAGAAAA